GAGGCCAGCCCUCCAGGGCCUUUCAGAUAGCUGCACACACCCUCCCGGCAUGCACUGGGAAGAAGGGCUCCGAAGACUGAGAAAUCCAAGAUUGACCCAAGGUGACAGGACACGGGAUAGCCUCUGACUGGUGCCCUUUCCUUCUCCCAGUGGAGACAUUCCCUGGCUCACCUAUUCUGAGUCCACCACUCUGUCUCCCAGAUGCCUGUGACUCCUCAGCAGCCCUCGGGGCACACGGAGGGGCUCCCUGAGCCUACAACUGAGGCAGCAGUGUGGGUAGUAAUCCCCUGCGGCCCCUGUAUUCCCAUCAUGCUAGGCCUGGCCUCUCUCACAGCCUUCUUCAUCAUAACUACUGCUGUACUGGCCGAACGCCUAUUCCGCCGCCCGCAACCAGACCCCAGGCAGCGCGCACCCACCCUAGUCUGGCGCCCUGGAGGAGAACUGUGGAUUGAGCCCACAAGCAGCGCCCGGGAGCGCUCUGAGGACUGGUAUGGCUCCUCCAUGCCUCUGCUGAUGGACAGAGCUCCAGAUCCCCCGACCCCUGGGGGAACCUUGGAAGGCAGAGCAACUGCUCCACCAGCCGCUUCGACCCCACACUCUUCACCCAGCUCUUUAGUUCCUCAGAUCCCACCAGAAGCCCCAGCCCAGAGCACCUUCUGGAGACCUCAGACCCAAGAGGAGAGGCCCCAUGACACAGGCCUGGUGAGCUGGGUUGGGCCUGAGCCGAUGCCAGAGGCUGGCCUCCAGGUUGGGAGCCCCAGGGCUUGGAGGCUGAGGCAAGGGAGCCUUGAGCCUGACUGGGGUCUUCAGCCUCGAGUCACCCUGGAGCAGAUCUCAGCCUUCUGGAAGAGGGAAGGCCGGACCAGUGUGGGCUUCUGAAUCUUCAGAACCUGUGGGACUAACACCCACCUCAGAGGGGCUACGGGGUUCGGCCUCAGUCUUAGGCCUGACCUUUGCACUGGUUAGGGCCUUUUGUGUGGAAAUUUCUGUCUUCUGCACCUGACUGGGGGGCAGACAGAGUGUGGACAGCCUGCACUCCAAGGCUUGCCUGAAGUUCAACUUAGGUUAAAAUGCCCAGGCUGUGACUCUGAGAAUUAAAGGCAAGGCUAGUUGGCUAUCUGCCAGAGGCUUCAAGAUGGCACUUGAGGGUGCAAAUGUACCUAAGACAGUCUAUCAGAAUGAAGAGGUCAUGUAUGGGAUGGUGACCAACAGCCCAGAGCUGGUGGUUAUGAUUGUCAGUCAUGUGGGCAGGAGAUGGCAGAAAUCUUGCUCUCCAGAGCCACAAACCCUAUCUGCGUCCAGUCACUCUCUCCCACACUGUGAGGCCCUCCAGCAGAACACAGAAGACAAAUGCAGGAGGAGUCUUCGAUUCCACACAUGCGGCUUUGGCCACAUGGAAUUUGCUGAGCCAAGCUGGAGAGGCUGUCUCUUGCCUGGAAUUGGGGACAUAGACUCAAAAGGGAUCGGUAGCUCCUCUUCCCAUGGGCUUACGGCUGCACGCAUCCUGCAGUGCAGUUUUGUCAUUCCAUGUUGAGAAAAGCGUGGUCUAAUGAGAACUGAGUUUGUUCCAAUAUGGGAAUGAAGAUUGUCCCAGAGAAGGGACGCUUCCCAAACAGCCUUUGCCAUCUUUCCCUCCAGCUUGCUGGAGUGCUCUCGAGAGCCAGGUUUGCUGUGAGGCAGACUUACUUAUAGUGAUCCUUGCCAUAGAAACGGAGUCCCAGAUAUCUGUGUGCCCGCCAGCUGACUUCUCCCUUAGAAGAGGGAUUCACAGUGGGAAAGUUCUGGAGCUUCCAGUCUCUAGAAAUCUGAGUUCCCAAACUUCAGUCAAGAAUAUGAAGAUUUUGCCAUAUCAGUUUACCUUUUGUUUUAUUAUUUACUUUAUAUUUUUACUUAAAUUGGUUCAUUGUUUGCUUAAUAAAUUUGUUUUAA